CCUGUGGGGGGGGAGGAGGCGAGGCUGGAGAGCGGAACUGAAAGCCUGCACGGCCCAGCUUGCCGGUUUGCUGUCCUGCAGGCGCUGCCUCAGCCCCAGACCUGUGGCCCCCAGGACCCCAUGCCAAGGCAGGAUGGAGGAUUUAGAUGCUUUGCUGGCAGAACUGGAGCAGAGCUCUCGCCCAGCCUCCAAGGGCUGCAUGCUGCAGACAUCAAGCUCCCGCAAGCAGGAUCUGGCUGCAGACAGGCCCCCAGACCCCCAUGGCUGUGAGCCACUUGCCUCGGUGGCCCUGAAGGGUUUGUCCUUCCAGGUCCAGCUGCCGCCUCAGGCUCCGAAAGAGGGUUUGAAGACAGUGUACAGCAGCCCCACACCGGUCCCACAGCCGCUGCUCCCCUCGCCCCCGCCCGCGACAGCUGCCCAGCAGCUGGACGAGCUCCUGGCCGACCUGGGCCACAUGCAGAGCAAGCUAGCGGCCGUGGGGCAGGGAGCCGGGGUGCCAGCAGAGCCCUCCCUGGACAACAUGCUAGGCAGCCUCACCCGGGACCUGCAGGAGCUGGGCAUCACCGCCACCCCCACCGGUGUCUGUGGCUCUUGCUGCAAGCCCAUCGCUGGCAAGGUGCUCACAGCCCUGGGCAAAACCUGGCACCCCGAGCACUUCACCUGCGCCCGCUGUGGGCAGGAGCUGGGUGGCCGGCCCUUCUUUGAGCGGGGCGGGCAGGCAUACUGCGAGGAGGACUACCACCAGGCCUUCUCCCCCCGCUGUGCCUACUGUGCCGGCCCCAUCCGUGAGAAAGUCCUCACGGCCCUGGACCAGACGUGGCACCCCGAGCACUUCUUCUGCGCCCAUUGCGGGAAGGUGUUUGGAGAUGAUGGUUUCCACGAGCGGAGCGGGAAGCCGUACUGCCACCAGGACUUCCUGGCCAUGUUUGCCCCGAAAUGCCAGGGCUGCGAGCGCCCCGUGACAGACAAUUACCUGUCAGCCCUGCAGGGCGUCUGGCAUUCCGAGUGCUUCGUGUGUGCGGAGUGCAUGAGCAGCUUCGCCAGCGGCUCCUUCUUCGAGCUGGAGGGUCGGCCCUACUGUGAGCUGCACUUCCAUCAGCGGCAGGGCAGCAUCUGCCACGGCUGCGGCCGCCCCGUGACUGGCCGCUGCAUCACGGCCGCAGGGCGCAAGUACCACCCCGAGCACUUCAUCUGUGCCUACUGCCUGGGCCAGCUGCAGAAAGGCACCUUCCGCGAACACGGCAACAAGAUGUACUGCCAGGCCUGCCACGACAAGCUCUUCCUCUGACUCCUGGCCACGACUCGUCUGGCACACGGCCGCCCUUCUCGCCUGCACGUCCCUGGCACGUUCCCAGCCAGGCCGAGCAUCAUCCCUGCUGAGCCAAACAUCCCUUGUAUUGUCCCACCCAUCAACGUCCCCAGCAUUGGUCCUGCCUGCCCAGCCAAAUGUCCCCAGCAUUGUCUCUGCCAAGCCAGGCAUCCCAGGCAUCUCUCCUUGUCCCCCACCCCAAGACAUUCCUGGCAUCGUCCCUGCUAACGCCAUGUGUCCUGAGCAUUGUCCCCUCCACCUGAAGCAAUAAAACACCUGGCCCUGCCUUUGCUCCA